GAUUCGUUUAGACGACAGCUUUGAACUGAAGCAUCUUUACUUGCAAGUACACAGGUAUCUUCUCACACCGAUUAACCAUGUUCCCCGCUUACAGCAGUAAGAGCUCACGGGUAUCAUUCGGAUCAAACCGCCAGAUGAGUUCCUCCAGGGGCAUGAACGCAUUGGGGAGUUCAAAUUUUGGAUUUGAUCCCUUCGCCUCCAAAUCUGGGAUGCCUGCUUAUGAGGUUGGAGUGUCCGGGAAUGAGAAGCAAGAUAUGCAGAAUCUCAAUGAGCGUCUGGCAUCUUACCUGGAGCAGGUGCGCUUUCUUGAGCAGGCCAACAGACAACUGGAAAUGCAAAUUAAGGCAUUUUAUGAAAACAAGCUCCCAACGCAGGGCAAAGACUACAGUGGUUACUUCAAAAUCAUCUCAGAUCUCUAUACACAGAUUCAAAGAGCUACUGUGCAGAAUGCUGAACUCACCCUACAGGUGGACAACUCCAAGCUUGCAGCUGAUGAUUUCAAGUUUAAGUAUGAGAAUGAGAUGAACAUGCGUAUGACAGUGGAAGCAGAUUUAGCUCAACUGCGAAAUUAUUUUGGGGAGAUCAAAAUGUCCACUGAAAACCUGGGUAUGCAGCUCAAUGGGCUGAAUGACGAGCUGCAGUUUCUCAAGAGCAACCACGAACAGGAUCUGCUUUUGGCGCGAGAGCAGCAAAGCGGAGGUGUUAAUGUGGAGAUGGACUGCGCAGCUAACUUCGACCUUGAAAGCAUGCUACAGGAGAUGAGGGAGCAAUACGAGGCCCUCAUUGAGAAUUCUCGCAAGGAGUCUGAAAAAUGGUACCAGGGCAAGGUGAAAGAGUUGCAGACUGCGGUGACCAGCAGCGUUACUGAAAUCAAGACAUCUCAGACCGAACUCACUGAUCUUAGGAAAAUUCUUCAAAGCCUUGAGUUCGAAUUACAAGGACUUCAAUCAUCGAAUCAUCAGCUGGAGCAGAAUCUGUCUGAAGUGGGCAUACGCUUUUCAAACCAGCUGAAUGGGCUGCAAAUGAAAAUAAACUUCAUGGAGCAGAAUCUAAGUGUACUUACACAUGACAUACAGGUCCAGGCCUCUGAGUAUGAUCUUCUGCUGAACCUUAAGAUGAGGCUUGAGAUGGAGAUUGCGGAGUACAGGAGGCUGCUGGAGGGAGAAACACAAUCGGGUAGGGGAAAAACUGGAGGAUCCUCAUCUUUGGCGAAUGGAUUUUCAAGAUCAUCAGCUGCUUCCAAUUCUUCUUCUUCUUCUAAAGGGACCGUCAAUACAGCUGACUCCACCAAGAUUGCAACAGAGGCAAAAUCAGUGAACAAAACAUCAGAGGAAGAAGAUUCGAACAAAAGAAAAGGGAUAAAGGAAGAGAUCAAGAAAGAGAUCAAGAAAGAGAUAAAGGAAGAGAAAAAGGAAGAGAUAAAGAAAGUGGAAGUGCAUACUCCUCAGAUUCAGCGCCGAAUCAAAAGAUAUGCGGAGGAAGUGAUAAAUGGUGAAAUUGUUAGGACUGUUAUAGACGAGAACAUCGAGGACGUCAACUGACAAGAUCAUCAAAUGUAAUCUUGUUUAAAACUACAGUAACCAAAUGUUAAAGGACGAAGAAUAAAGCUGAAUUAAUUCUGUGUCAGUUAAUAGCAUAAUAAACAUGUAAAUGGUUAGUUUUCCUUCCUAUUAAAAUCAUACAUUUUUCUUCUUCUGCAUUAAGGAAAGUUAUGAAAUUAGGCACGUAGAUAGGGCUGUCUAAAUAGUUACCACACUAGAUCAUAACCUCUAGUGCCACCAACAGUUCAAAAUAUGACACAAGUUUUUGCUGAUCUAUGAUGCACAAGUCAGAGAAACAACAUUUUCCACCAUUUUUACAUUUUUCCUUCUAAAGUUUGUCCGAUGGACACUAAUCAAGAGAAGACACUAUGUAGAAUCUAAAGACACUCAAGACAAAAGGUUAUUAAAAUAUUUCUGAUACACCAAUUUGAUGUUGUAUGGGUCAAUGAUAAAUCAAGCUCCUAAAACUUUUUCUAUCUUUUAAAAAUUAAUGUAAUGCAUAUUUUUGAAUAAACAUUUAUUCAAAAAUCUUA